UCCGCAUAUCGAAAUCGGAUGGGCGACGUGAAAGAAACGGCUCCGGCGAAAUCAUUAAAAUUUAAUUAGUUAACCGCAAGGGAGCGCUGCAAAAUUGUGCAAACAAUUUGCCACUUAACGCAGUUAACGUGUGCGGUAAUCAGAAGCGUGGUAAAGCGUUUAUUUGCCAGGAUUUGUGUGUUUUUCAAUCGCGGCAGCAGCAUAUGUACACACACACACGCUCACCCCCGCCCCACUCACACAAACACACUCUCAGCUAGGUGUAUUAUAAUUAAAGUUGUGUUUUAAGUGUGUGUAAAGUGCAAUAGCCCAGUGGAAAGUGGAAGUGAAAUAGAGUGCGUUCCAGGAGUUCCAGGAGCAGUGUCUUAGCCCAUGUCUUCCACUCCCAAAUCCUGAGGAUUGCCAAGGGUUAAGACCGAGAAAUACUGACUCCGACUUCCCGGAUAAGGAUACGGAUACGGAUAAGGAGUGCCAGGAUAAGGAGAUCCAGGAGGAAUAUAGGAGUUGCCAGUCCAACCGCUUCGUCUCCGCAAUUAUGCAUUGGCUAGAGGCGAUUUGCAGCAAGCUUAGAGUGCCAGCGAGCAACUGCAACACAUAACCAAACCAUCAAAGACUUGUUGUUCAUCAACUCCAACCCCAACUCCAAGUCCACCAACACUGAGCCACCGCCUCUUGCCUCCAGGAGCAGCACCAGGAGCACCAGGGCAGUCCCAGCUGGAGGAGCAGGAAUCCCCCCGCGGCGGAGGAGCAGCCAGUCUGGAAUGUUGGAACACCCCCAGCGGUUCGUGCGCAACAUCCCCGACUCCUCAGCCAGUUCGCAGCAGUAUCCGCAGCAGCAGCAGCAUCCGCCACAGCUGCCGCAGCACCAGAAUCUGAAUCUCAACCAGAAUCAGAACCUGAACCAGAAUCAGAUCUACCAGUACCGUCCCCAGGUGCCCGUGCCCGUUCCCGGCUCACCUGCCCACCACCAGCGGCACUCUUCGCUCUCCCAGCAACAGCAGUUGCACCACCACCGCACCCUGUCCACCGCCUCCUCCUGCAGCGCCCAGCACAAAAGUGUGACCUUCGGCCAGCCAGCGCUCGACUGCGGCGGCAACGGCAGCGGAAGCGCCAACGGAAGCGGUAGCGGCAACUCCUCCAGUGGCAGUGCCGCCGGCAACGCUGGAACCCAAUCAAUGGCGGGCAACAUGAAGCACGGCAAAUCUCAGGACGACGUCUGCUACGUGGUAGCCAAGUACGACUAUGCGGCGCAGGGUGCCCAGGAGCUGGAUCUGCGCAAGAACGAGCGCUACCUGCUGCUGGACGACUCCAAGCACUGGUGGCGCGUCCAGAACAGCCGCAACCAGUCCGGCUACGUGCCAAGCAACUAUGUGAAGAAGGAGAAGCCCUCGCUCUUCGACAGCAUUAAGAAGAAGGUGAAAAAGGGCUCCGGAUCGAAGACACUGCCCAAUUGUUCGCCUUCGCGACAGGUCGAGAGUCCAACCAUGUCGCGCCGACUGCCCCCAGAUCCCGCAGAGGCCAUCGGAACGGCUGUGGUCAAGUAUAACUAUCAGGCCCAGCAGCCCGAUGAACUUUCGCUGACCAAGGGCACACGAAUCCUCAUCCUGGAGAAGUCCAACGACGGAUGGUGGCGUGGACAGAGCGGCAAUUCCGUCGGCUGGUUCCCCAGCAACUACACAACGGAGGAUUGUGAUAACGACGGCGAGAUCCACACCUACGCCAUGGCCGAGAACGUGCUUGAUAUUGUGGUCGCGCUGUACAGCUUCACGUCGAACAACGACCAGGAGCUCUCGUUCGAGAAGGGCGAUCGCUUGGAGAUCGUGGAUCGGCCAGCCUCCGAUCCGGACUGGUACAAAGCUCGCAACAAUCAGGGCCAAGUCGGUUUAGUUCCACGCAAUUAUCUCCAAGAGUUGAACGACUACCUGGCCACGCCCUAUCGCAAUACGAGUGCCAGUGCAGGAAACGGAAACGGAGGAGGAAGUAAUGGCGGCGCAGGAGGUGGCGGAGGAAACGACUCCAUGGAGCGACGCAAUGAGGGUAACAAGCCGGCGGCGCAAUCCUCCGGCCAGCCAAUCGAACGGCCAAAUCUCGCGGGCAAGUCGUGGUACUAUGGAGCCAUCACCCGUAGCCAGUGCGACACGGUGCUCAACGGCCACGGGCACGAUGGCGACUUCCUCAUCAGAGACAGUGAGACUAACAUGGGAGACUAUUCGGUUUCGUUGAAGGCCCCAGGGCGCAACAAGCACUUCCGCGUGCACGUGGAGCAGAAUAUGUACUGCAUUGGGCAGAGGAAGUUCCACUCGCUGGACCAACUGGUCGAUCACUACCAAAGAGCGCCCAUCUACACGAACAAGCAGGGCGAAAAGCUGUAUCUGGUGCGAUCGCUGCCGAAAGCCAAUGGCACGUAAGCAGGUCCAGGACUAGAGCAGAGAAAUCUCAGCAUUCAUAUUACCCGUAUUCAACAACACACAUAUGCAACACAAAGAUAUACCAAGGCUAACUUGUAGGCAGCUCAGCUCAGCGCGACGUGUAGUUCAAUAUAAUUCGGUUUGGAUAUUCAAUUAUAGACUCAGUUUUGGAUUAGAUCAGA